AUGGUAAUUGCUCAAAUUUUAGAAAUAAAUGAUUUGGACAUUGUGAAAUUUUGUCCUGCUCUUAUGAGAUUUGUAAAUGAUGAUGACAUUAAAGAAGAAAUGGAACAAAGGAGGAUUAAAUAUGAAGGUGUUUGUAAAAUGUUUGAUCCAGUAAUAGAAAAAAUCAUUCAUUUAAUUCAUAAUCAAUUGGCAUCUUCAAAAGAAGAUGUUUGGCGAUGUUUCAGUUGGAG